ACAGAACGCGUCACCGCUCAACGGGCGGUACCGCGGCGUUAAACAAGCGUCCCCUCUCUCUCUCUGUGUGUGUGUGUGUGUGUGUGUGUGUGUUUGAGUGACGGGUCGUAAUCAGCGCAGCUCAGCUAGCGGAACAGCAGCAGCGGAUGCUACAGAUUGGUCCAUCUCCAGCCUCCAACACUGAUUUAUCUCAACCAUCUGUGUUCAUGCGAAACGAGAAGGUGAGAUCGUCUUGUAUGGAAUGACAACCUCACACAGAUAUAUUGACUCAAAACCAGCUGCUCGGUUUGCUGACAUGGAGUGGCAGACGCCAGCUGUGUCAGAGAAGUUUCAAAGCCGCUUUGGCCGCCGGCCUGGAACAGCGGACAGCGGGGACACUGGUCUUGGCACCUCGGCAUCUGACAGCACAGAAGAUUUCUGCAGUUCCAGCAGCAGCCCCCCUUUCCAGCCCAUCCGCAGUCAGAUCCCCAUACCCACUGCACAUGUCAUGCCAUCCACGGCCGGAGCCCCGGCCUCUAAGCCUCAGUCUAUGGUCCAGGAGGACUCCCUGUCCUCUGAGGGUCACAGGUCUUCCUCUAGCUCCAGAACCCAGAGUGGCUCCACUUCCAAGUCUUCCUCGCUUUCCAAAUCAGCCUCUUCGCCCAACCUGGAUGCUCAGGCCGCUGUGGGAGCUGAGCUUGCGGGGCCAAGGCCAGACUGUCUGAGCCGUUACCGCAGCCUCGUCAAUGGGCUGGACCACUCGCUAUUCCCCUCAGAUCAAACGCGGAUGGAUGAGUGCCAGAGGUUUGACACUCCUGCUGUGGAGCCCACGCUAAAUCAGUCAGCCCUGUUGGGGGGGUUAUGCCCUGAUGUCAGACUCCGAUUACAGGCGACCGGGAUUAGAGACGCCCCAGACUGUGUGUCUGAGGCCUACAGAGGAGGCAUGGAGCACAGCUAUAAGGUUCUGCCUGAAGCCAGGACUGGGGUUCCCGGCACAGCAGAAACCUCUAAUCAGAGAAGCAGUCAGCCUGGUGUGGCCGGAUCCACUGGAGUUUAUGCAAACCCUCUCAGCCUGCAGACACAGGCUCUGCUGAGGGAGCACGCAGGCUCCAAGGGUUAUGAGCCAUUGCGGCAGGACAGAUGUGGAGAACUGUCGAGCUGGCAGCAACAACAGCAACAACAGCAACAAAAGCAGCAACUGGAGAGUUUACGCAUGCAAGUGGAACAAAUGCAGCUUAUGAGUGCUGGAGUGAGCCAGUACCCAUCUCUCUACUCGACGCCCGUUCACUCCGAUUCGGGCAAAUGGGACGCUCUGGUCAAAGCCAGUGAGAGUCUGCUAAAGGAAAAGGAGCUAAUCAUUGAGAGACAAAAGCAGCAUAUGACCCAGUUGGAGCAGCGUCUGAGAGAAAGUGAGCUGCAAGUCCAUGGAGCCCUCCUGGGUCGAGGAGCUUCUUAUGGGGAUAUGUGUAUGCUGAGGCUACAGGAGGCCCAGAGGGAGAAUGUCUUCCUGAGAGCACAGUUUACUGAGCGCACCGACUGUGUCGCCCUGGAGAAAGUGGAGGCAGAGCGCAGACUGGGGGCGGUCGAGGCCGAGACACGCCGACUAACUGACAGCCUGAAGGAGACCUGUGAGAGACACGCAGAGGAGAUGAAGAAACAGGAAGAGAGGAUCCGCAGUCGAGACAAGCACAUCAACAACCUGAAGAAGAAGUGUCAAAAAGAGACAGAGCUGAAGAGGGAGAACCAGCAGCGUAUUGAGACUCUUGAGCGUUAUCUAGCCGACCUGCCCACCUUGGAGGAUUACCAGAGUCAGAACAAGCAGCUUGUAGAGGCUGAACAGCAGGCAGCUCAGCUACAAGAGAGGGUACGAGAACUGGAGGUCUGUCUAGAGACGACGCGCUCACAACUACGAGAAAAAGACACACAGAUGGAAGAUCAGAAACGCAGGGAGAGGGACCUGCUGACCACCAUCACUGAUAUGCAGCAGCGGGUACAGCAGGGCCUUGAGGAUGGAGCCAGACUGCCUUCCCUGGAUAUGGAGAAGCUCAGAGGAGAGAACAAUGUUUUCAGAGAGGAGCAGCAGAGACUCAAAAAGGUCAUUGAGAAGCAACACAGAAUGAUGGAGCAGCUUGGCUCCCAGAUCCAGGCUUUGGAGGAGCAGAUAUCUCAGGAAGAGAGCAGCUCUCAGGCUCUCAGAGAAGACGUGUUGGCCAAAGAGCAGAGUGUGUUAGAGCUCCACACAGCCAUGAAGGAGCUGUCUGCCCAGAACCAGGAACUGAUGGAGCAGAAUCUGACCCUGCAGGAGCAAAUGAGUGAUCCAGAGCAGAGGGGCACUAACCAGGCCUCCUCUGCCCUGCAGCCAGCCGGGACUCGUCUAACUCAGAGGCUUCACUUAGAGAUCGCGUCCUGCCUCAGUGACCUGCGCUCCCUGUGCAGCAUUCUGACCCAGAGAGCUCAGGGACAAGAUCCCAACAUCUCCCUGCUGCUUGGUCUCACAUUGCCUCCACCGGUGGCAGAGCCCGGCGAGGACUGGAUGAGUCCUGAGGUGCUGCAGAAGAAGCUGGUCGAAGCUCAACAACUCCGUCGGGAUGUCGAGGAACUACGCAAUGUAAUACUGGACCGCUACGCGCAGGACAUGGGAGAAAACUGCAUUACCCAGUAACCCUGUGAUCCAGGCGAUGUAGGAAACUUGCAUACGCCCACUUCACCUGUGAGGCGUCUAAAACGGGCUCGUCUUUCAUGGCUGGUUACUGAAUGUCAGAAGGAGGACUCGAUUUUAAUUUUCUUAAAAUGAGGACAGAGGAAAGCCCAAAUGGUUUAGCUUCUCCUUCUCUCGACUGACUGAACGUUGAUUUUUAAGCCUGUCUGUAGCUCAGCACCCUCCCUCCCUCUCUCCCUCCUCCCCCCCGGUGAGUUCAUCUAUUUCAGUCCAAGGGCUAACAGAAAAUAACUUACCUCUAAUACUUGAUCCUUAAGCAUUGUGCGUGUGUUUUUUAUCGAUGAUGACAUGAAUACUGUCAGUAACCAAACAGUCUUAUACGUUUGUUCCUCUCUAGUGGAUAACCAUUUGUGUAGAAGUCCCACCAGUAUAAUUUAUUGAAUUCUGAAUUUCCCUUUUGAGGGAAAUUAUCCAAGAAGUGGUUGACAAUCAACUGAACCUUUUUUUAACCUGUGCUUUUAACUGAAUUCACAAGUAAAUGUUACUAACUUACCAUUAUUUAAAAUGGUGUAAACUGUAAACAUAAGACUCUGCUGUGAGGUAUAAGACUUGAUACUGAAGGGUUUAAUACCAAAUCAGCUUCUCACACCAACAGGCCUACAACAGUCUACUUACCAAAGAAACUCUGGUCGAAAGCAGUUGUGCGGGUCUGUGAAUGUUUGUGAAUGCUUCUAUCUGCUGCAGGCCUUGUUCUGAAUGAAUACCAACAUGUGCCUUCCUGUCACGUUUGCAACCACAAUGCUAAUUCAUGUUAGACGAACCACAAAGGGCUGCAGCUGACUCUUCCAAUAUGACCUUUCUCUCAGCGUAUCAACCAGUGGGAUAGUCGAUACAUUCCCUGACUCUGAAUGUAGCAGAUAUAACUUUGGGCCACAUCACAGAGUUUGUGGAGGCCCCUACACUGUUUUUGUUGUUCCUGGUAGAUACAUGAAGUGAGUUAAAACUCUUCAGUCUGCGUGAUCUUUGUAGAAUCUGCUCCGCGUAGAUGAUUAACGUCAUAGGUUACCGUUCAUUUCAGGUUAAUAACGGCUGACUCGCAUUUGACAGUGUGGUUAACUGUUUGAUAAAUGUGUGACUGAGAAACAGUAUUAAUCUUCAGUAUUAUUUAUUUUUUAUUGUUUGCAUUGACAACUCUGUGAAAGCCUCCUAAUGUGUUGCUGUAAUAAUGUGCUUAAAAUGUUUGAGCAAAUGUGUGCAAAGGUCCCAUGAAGUGGUGUUUAGAUUGUAAUUUUUUUUUCGAGUGUAAAAUUGGCACCAGUCAUUGAGGGUCCUUCACCUUUUUCAGGUGGAAGAGGAACAUGUUUAAAUCCAACGUGAUGGUGAUGGGAGGGGUUGGCUGGAUCAGCCCCUAAAUCACAAAUCACAUUGUACUGGAUGAAGUUUUAUAUUUGCCCCGAGAGCAGGAUAAGCCAUUAAAAAAAAACAAAAAAACUUGACACUCUACAGGUAGAGAAAGGGAUUUUAAUAUAAAUAUAUGCAAUGAUGACUUUUUUUGACACAAUUUUACAGAGCAACACACCCAGGGACAGACAAGCCAUUUUUCAUUUCAUGGGACCUUUUUAAAAACUUGAGUAGCACAAAAUGUAUCUUUGGAAAGUCAGGCUCCGCAUGCCUUAACAUCUCAAGUGUUUUGCAAAAGGGAAAAAGAUGUUUAUAUUUUCAUACUUUUGUCCUUGUUUGUAUUUGCAUAUUUUAGAAAUAAAGAUU